AUGCAAUGGAUGAUGGUGUUGUUGUUUGUAAUUCUUGAAUUUCUUCCCGAUUUUAUUUAUGGAUGUGCACCACGAUAUCAGGAAGAACUUCAAUAUUUGGAUUACUACCUUGGUAUAAAACCGGAAAAUCGCGGUAAACUUCAAGUUGAAGAAACUACGCUAAAGCAAUAUAUAAGCAGUCCAAUGAAGUUAAAUUGUCAAUUCAGUGAACGAUGCGCUUGGAUGAAUGCACCUGAUGAUAAUUUAUUAGAUACAUCGGAUUUUUAUUUAUUUAUCAAAGCAAACACUAAAUUAUUUCCACCACAAAUUCAACCAGGAUCACCUAAUCCAACAAAAGGUACGAAAUUUGUUAUCGCAGGUAAUACAACAGUAAAACCUCAGAGUGCAGUACUUAUUAGUGCACCAAUUGCUUGCCAACAAGCUCCCGGAUUGUUAACAUUCAAAUAUUGGCUAUACAAUGGAGCCAAAAUUGAAGUGUUAAUUUUAAAGCCAUCUAAUCGAUGGAAUCGUCUUCGGGUCAUUAUGCGGCCACAUACCGAAUGCUACUUCAUUCAUGCUUUUAAUGAUCGUUGCAAAGUUAAAAUACCAGAAAUACCUGAGCCAUUUCGAAUUGGUAUUCGUAUGCAUGGCUUAAAAGAUCCAGCGUUAGGUAGCUUUGGCAUGAUAACCGAUAUUGAAUAUGAGGCUGAAAUAUGUUUGGAACCUAAGUUAUCAACAAUAUUUGGUAGUCGAACAGUUCCACCACCAAUUGCCGCAUCUUAUCCAAUUUCCGCUGCACAACUUUCCUGCGCUGAUUACAAUUCAACUUGCCGUUGGUCCAAUAGUCUUUCAUCAUCAUCUGAAUGGAAGAUCGGUUGGAAUAGUCGACGAUGGAAUAAAAUCUUUGAGGCAGAAAAUAAACCAACUGGAAGCUUCUUCUAUCAGUACGUCGAUUCAGCCACCCAAAAGCCCUAUUCAUUAUUGCAAUCAGAACUUAUUCCAUGUACCAGUACCGUUACAACUUUUACCUUUAGAUAUUGGUUACAAUCAGGUACACAAGUUCAAAUUUGUACGAUUACUGCAUCAAAUGUAAUAAGCAGUUGUGCAUACUUAAAUGAAAUAACAAUGCCUGGACCUAUCAGCAUUGAUGUCGAUGCACCAACUGAAGAACCUUUUCGGUUCGCCUUUGAAUUAAUCAAUUUUGAUAAUUCAACAUUUGGCUUUGUUGUUAUCGAUGAUAUGAAAUUUACUGGUUUAUUAUGUCAUGAAGUAACAGUGCCACCCAGUACAACAAUCAAUCCAUCACAAAUUAAGCAAUUUUUCUCACUUCAACCAUAUUCAAAUUUGUUAAUCGAUAAUAUACCAACAUUAAAUUGUGAUUUUAAUCGAAAUACAUGUCCACAGUGGGAAAAUGAUGGACAUUGGUUAUUAGGAACAGUUCCAUACGAUGAUACCUUUGCAAUACCUCCAUCAAUAAGAGAUCAAGUUUCGGUAGCUAUUCUUAAUAAUUCUAUGGCUAUAUUACAAUCUCGCGAAGUACCAUGUGCUUGGAAUGCAAAAAUUUUCAUUGCAUAUUUUCGUACCGAAAAAGCUAGCAUAACGGUGUGCAUUGAGAAACGUUGUGUUAGCACUAAUGAUUCACGUUCUGGUAAAUGA